AUGCGUCAGGCGUCUGUCAGGGCUCUCCGGACGACCUGCCAGUACGUGUCCCGUGGGCUGUCUCGUGCCGGCCGUCGCUCUGCCCUCUCGCUUUCGUGGACGCAGCACGCGCAGCAGCACCUCAGCCAUCUCAGCCGCAGCAGCCUGCAGCGGCCGCGCUGGCUGUCCACCGCACCGGUCAAGUCCUCGGGCGAGCCGCUGCGGUCCUCGAUGCACAUCCGGCGUCUCUCGCUGGUCGCCGUGUCCGGCCUCGUCGGCUACGGGGCCUACUACACCUUCCAGGGCGACCACAACGGCAGCAGCCCGGCCGUCUUCUCGACCAAGGCGACCACAGCGACUACAGCAACAACAGCAGGCGAAAACGCACAGACGACGCGCAACGUGCUCGUGAUCAGGGCCAACGAGCUCAGCACCGGCACGCUGGUCGGCGACGGACCGAUCUCCAAGAUGACCGACGACAGUGGACAGCGGGUGAUCGAGAUGCUGGACCCCGACCAGGCCACGCAGCGGCUGCGCCGGAACGAGGAGUCGUACGCGGUCAAUCGGGGCAAGGGCGUGCUGCGCUACGACCUGGUGCAGCUGGCGAGCAACGACCCGAUCGAGGACGACCACGCGGAGAAGAUCGUGGAGGUGCCAGAGAAGAGCGGGGACAUUGGCGGCGCGAACACAUCCGACUGGAUGUUCUGGGGGGUCUUUGACGGACAUUCAGGCUGGACAACGUCAGCUAAGCUCCGCCAGACCCUCAUCAGCUACGUGGCGCGGGAGCUGAACGAGACGUACAAGGCAGCAGUGUCGGCCGAGGGUCCACCAGCGGACGCGAUCGAGGGUGCGAUCAAGGUCGGGUUCACGCGGCUGGACGACGAGAUCGUCAACAAGAGCGCACAAAAGGUGCUGGGUCAGGCGUCCAAGUCGGUGGCGGCGGAGCUGCUGGCACCGGCACUGUCGGGCUCGUGCGCGCUGCUAUCCUUCUACGACAGUCGGUCGAAGCUGCUGCGAGUAGCCUGCACGGGCGACUCACGGGCCGUGUUGGGCCGACGGACGGCGACGGGCAAGUGGACGGCGACGGCGCUGUCGGUCGACCAGACGGGCAACAACGCAGAUGAGGCGGCACGGCUGCGCAAGUUGCACCCGGGCGAAGAGCAUGUGGUGCGCAACGGGCGCGUGCUGGGCGGCCUGGAGCCGACGCGGGCGUUUGGCGAUGCCAGCUACAAGUGGACACGCGAGGUGUCGGACCGGCUGCGCACGUCCUUCUUUGGCCGCAGCCAGUCGCCGCUGAUGCGCACACCACCCUACGUGACGGCCGAGCCGGUGGUGACGACGACCAGGAUCAAGCCGGAACAGGGUGACUUUGUCGUCAUGGCCACUGACGGCCUGUGGGAGAUGCUGACUAAUGAAGAAGCCGUGGGGCUAGUAGGCAAGUGGAUCGAGGCGCAGACGGCCGCCCAGACUAAGGGCAGCUCGAAGCUGGACGCGGCCUGGGCAAAGGUUUUUGGCGCCCACAGCACCGGCAGCAGCGGGCUGCCGGUCGAGGUCGUGGGCGAGGGCAGCGUCGGCAAGAACGGCGAGAAGACGCCGAUCCGACUGCGCCAAUGGGGUCUCUCGCCCGAUGCCAGCGACCGGUUCUUGGUCAAGGACGAGAAUGCGGCCACGCAUCUGGUGCGCAACGCACUCGGUGGUACCAACGAGGAGCAGGUGUCGGCACUGUUGACCCUGCCCGCGCCGUUUUCGCGGCGGUAUCGCGACGAUCUGACCGUCCAGGUCAUCUUCUUUGGCAACGGACAGCCGACGGGCGACGUGGUCGUCAACCAGGAGGCCACCGGGCCAGCCGCCGUCAAGGCAAGGCUCACCAUGGUUAUCGUCGAGGGCCAUGAGCACCUCACAGAGGAGGAGAAGCGUCUGCAGGAGGACCGCCGGCGGGUGAAGUACUGGAAGAAAUGGGGGCCUUAUGUCUCGGAGCGCCAGUGGGCCACCGUUCGCGAGGACUACAGCCCCGACGGUGAUGCGUGGAGUCACUUCCCCCACGACCAUGCCCGCUCUCGGGCCUAUCGCUGGGGCGAGGACGGCAUCGCCGGCGUCUGCGACUCGCACGGACUCGAGAACAUCGCCUUUGCCUUUUGGAACGGAAAGGAUCCCUUCCUCAAGGAGCGGCUCUUUGGCCUGUCCAACCCCCAGGGAAACCAUGGUGAGAGCAUCAAGGAAGCUCACUUCCACCUGGACAACACACCUCACUCCUACAUGAAAUACCUCUACAAAUACCCACAGGCGGAGUUUCCCUACGAAGACCUCGUCAAGGAGAAUGGCCGCAGGACCAAGGAGGACAUGGAAUACCAGAUCCUCGACACCGGCGUCUUCAACGAAGACCGGUACUGGGACAUCUUCAUCGAGACGGCCAAGGAGGACGAUGAUCCGGAUGCCAUCGUGUUCCGGGUGACGGCCUGGAACCGCGGUCCCGAUCCGGCUCCGCUGCACAUCAUCCCGCACCUCUGGUUCCGCAACACGUGGGCCUGGGGCCGCGAGAAGCCUGAGCACAAGCCGUCGAUCGAGAGCGUCGACGAGAGCACGGUCCGGUCGACCCACCCGGCGCUGGGCGAGCGCUAUCUGCUGAUGGCACCCUCGCCUAGCAUUGGCCCUAGCGGCCAGGACGUGAUGCCCGACAUGCUCUUCACCGACAACGACACCAACUUUGCCGCGCUCUACGAAGGCACCAACAAGACCGAGUACGUCAAGGACGCCUUCCACGACUACAUUGUCGACGGCAAGAAGGAGGCCGUCAACCCGGCCAAGAAGGGCACCAAAUUCGGCGCCUGGUUCGCGUUCAACGAGGCCGGCGGCGUGGCCCCGGGCGAAUGUGCCGUCGUCCGCUUCCGCUUCUCCAAGCGCAGCGAGACCUUCCUGGACGAAGAGGAGGUUGACAACCUGAUCGAUGCCAAGCGCGAUGAAGCCGAUGAUUUCUACUUCCGGCUCAGCCCGCUGCCCAUGGCCGAUGACCUGCGCAACAUCCAGCGCCAGGCGCUCGCCGGCAUGCUUUGGUGCAAGCAGCACUACCUCUUCAUCUGGGACCAGUGGGCCAACGGCGACCCGACGCAGCCGCCGCCGCCGCCCGACCGCAAGGCCAUCCGCAACUCGCAGUGGAAGCACAUGCACUGCGACGACAUCCUGUCGAUGCCCGACUCGUGGGAAUACCCCUUCUUUGCCGCCUGGGACUCCAGCUUCCACUGCAUCCCGCUGGCCAUGAUCGACCCCGAGUUUGCCAAGAAGCAGCUGGACCUGUACACGCGCGAGUGGUACUGCCACCCGAACGGCCAGCUGCCGGCGUACGAGUGGAACUUUGGCGACGUCAACCCGCCGGUGCACGCCUGGGCCACCUUUCGCGUCUUCAAGAUCGAGCGCAAGCUCUACGGCCGCCAGGACCUCGACUUUCUCGAGCGCGUCUUCCAGAAGCUGCUGAUGAACUUUACCUGGUGGGUCAACCGCAAGGACAUGGACGGCAAGAACGUGUUUGAGGGCGGCUUCCUGGGCCUCGACAACAUCGGCCUGUUCAACCGGUCGGAGCCGCUGCCGACGGGCGGCGUGCUGGAGCAGGCCGACAGCACGGGGUGGAUGGCCUUUUACUGUCUGUGCAUGCUGAACAUCUGCCUGGAGCUGGCCAAGUACCGGCGCACGUACGAAGACAUGGCGAGCAAGUUCUUUGAGCACUUUAUCCUGAUCAGCGACGCCAUGACGUUCCGCAUGGGCGAGAAGGACGAGACGUCGCUGUGGAACGAGAAGGACGGCUUCUACUACGACGCCAUCUCGUGGGGCGGCCCGUGGAUCCAGCAGCUGCCGGUGCGGUCGCUGGUCGGUCUGAUCCCGAUGUACGCGACGCUGACGCUGGAGCCGGAGCUGCUGAACCGGCUGCCGUCGUUCAAGCGGCGGGUCGAGUGGUUUGUGACGAACCGCUGCGACGUGGCCGAGCGCAACAUGGCGUCGAUCCGUAAGCGCGGCAAGGGCGACCGGAUCCUGCUCUCGAUCGUCAGCAAGGAGCGGCUGGAGUGUCUGCUGCGGCGGAUGCUGGACGAGGACGAGUUCCUGAGCCCGCACGGCGUGCGGUCGCUGUCCAAGUACCACCAGGAGCACCCGUAUUCGAUGAACGUGAACGGGCAGAAGUUUGCCGUCAGCUACGUGUCGGGCGAGUCGGACAGCGGCCUGUUUGGCGGCAACAGCAACUGGCGCGGGCCCGUGUGGAUGUGCGUCAACUACCUGCUGAUCGAGGCGCUGCAGCGCUUCUACAUGUUCUUUGGCGACACGCUCAAGAUCGAGUGUCCGGUCGGCUCGGGCGACUACAUGCAUCUCGGUCACGUGUCCGAGGAGCUGCAGCACCGCCUGCAGCACCUGUUUGCGCGGGGCGACGAUGGCCGCCGGAGCAUCAACGGCGGCAGCGACCUGCUGGACUUUGAUCCGCUGUGGAAGGACCAUCUGUGGUACUACGAGUACUUUGACGGCGACACGGGGCGCGGCCUGGGGGCCACGCACCAGUGCGGCUGGACAGGGCUGAUUGCGCGGAUGAUUCACGAUACAGGUGUCACGUGUCGUCUCCCCCAGACGCCACGCACGCCGGCCGUCGGCAUGAACCAUUACUUUGACGACAUCCUGCACCGCUACGACAAGGCGCCGACGCCACGGCUGCGGCGGUCGUCAACGUCGCGGUCGAUUGGCGCGCGCAGCGACUUCUUCAUCGGCCACGAAGAGGGCGACGCCGAGGCCGUGAUCGACCACGACCAUGACGACGAUGGCCGCACGCACAGCCGGCCGAUCUCGCGGCCGGGCUCCAUGUUCUUCGUGGAUCCGGAGCGCGUGCGCCAGCGGUCCGAGGCCGACGUGCACCUGCAUCACUACAUCAGCGACCAGCUGGAGCGCAUCAAGAACGAGCGCAGCGCCAACGGCUACGGGGACGGAGACGAGUUUGAAGCGCAGGCCGAGCACGACUAG